GCAUUUUUAAAAUUUCCAAAUUUUGUCUUAUGCUGAAAGGAAAGCAAUACCUAAAGUGCGACAAAGACAUAAAAUGAAUUCACUUGUAAGGUUUUUUAUAUUCAUAGCAUGUCUCAACCUGAUAUGCCUUAUGCGAAUUGUUUACGAGGUAUUCAAAUAAUCAAAUUCGUGCACAUUGAAGGCUUCCUUUAUAUGGCAUUGUAGCUUGAAAAGUUUUGGCAUUUGUGAUUUUUCGGUACAAUUCAAAAUUUCUAUGCUAAAUGGAGAAAAAUUUCAAACUCAGCUCUAAAAGCUACUACCAAAAUACUGAAACCACACUAAUACUUAUACGUAAACCUUAUACAAUAUUAUUCACUACGAACUAAAACCACAAUUUAAAAAUGUCAUGCUUUAAGAGCGACAAGCUCGACUGCAAGUGCCCCGUCGAGUGUCCGACAAUCCAGUUAACCAAGAAACGUCGUUACACCUGGAUGAAUUCAAGUGGUUGCGUAGUCAGUCGUCCGCUGACGGACUACGAGUGCCAGCUGGAGGAUGAUGUGCAACAGCUGCAGGAUGCUCUAUUCUCAAUAUCCUCGCACUAUGCCAAGAUUCAGUUCCGAUUGCGUCAGAUAGCCACAUCCUCGGGCUACGAGCAGGAGUGUCUGCUGCGCGAACUAGAGCGGAUCACAAGCCAGGGCAUCGAUAAGAGCCAGCUACACGACGAGCUGCCCAACUUGUUGAGCGACUCGCACAGCUUUGGCAAUGUGCGUGUCAAGCAGCAGAAGAUCAUCUCGGAUAUUAGGAGUCGGCUCACGAACCUGGCCGAAGUGGCCGAUGUGUGUUUCUGCGCAGAGUCCGAGAGUAGCUAUAAUUUGCGUAAAAAUCAUCAGCGACAGCUGGAGGAAGCAGCUUUCGUGGACGAACCAACCAACCAACCUACCACAGAGGAACAUGAGAAGAACUGUUCGUGUGUCGUUUGUCAGGAACGUAUGGAGGAAAAAUGCAAAAUGCCAGCCUAUGAGCGGGGCUAUUUGACGGAGACCUGGCCGAGCGAGGACAACAUUGAUGAGCAAGCCCAAACCAAGAAGAAGAAAAAGCCCAAAAAAAUUAGUCUGGAGAAAAUGUUAAGCCAAGAAAGUCACCUGUUAAAUCCUUGUCGCUCCAAUAUAAGUCGCUCCGCUGUAAGUGUUGCUAGUGGUAAAAAAACCCCCAAGGAAAGAAAUUCCACACACAGAAAUCCACGAAUCAAUGGGGUACAUAGCGCUAGAAGUCUCAAUCGCGGAAGUUCUGUUAACAGUAAAAGUUUUUCCAAAAGUAAUCAGAAUAUCAAUAGACAAAAGAAAGGUGUAUCGCAGAAACCAUCAAGGCCGCAACAAUUUUCUCCAAGAAGCUCGAGAAUGCAAAAUGGUUUCGAUGCAGCUGAGGGUGGAGAGAAGUGCGUCCGUGAUUGUAAAUGUCCAGGAUCAAAGCGUAGUAGUCCAAGGGUCUCAGCAUCAAUGCAAAACUCCAAGGGUCAAAGUGAGCUGAAAAAGAGAAAGUCUAGCAAUGGAGCAAUAAAAGGUCCUCAGAGCUCUAAAAUGAAAUAUGCUAGCAAUCAAAUAGAAAGUAAUACAGCUCCAGAACCAACACGGAGGUCCCAGAGCAGCCCCAGUAAUUCAGUAGAGUAUAAAGCGAAACGCACGAAUAUGAAUAGAGCCAAGGAUACACUCCGACGUAAUCCCCAGAGCUACAUAACGUUAUUGUCUGGCGAUCAAGUAGAGCAUAAAAAUAAAAACAUGAAUAUCAAAAAAGCUAAGGAAUCACCAAGACUAAGUCCGCAGGGCUCGGAAAUGCAAUACUCCAAAACUAAUGAUCAGUUACAAAGCGAAUGCAAGUCCACAAAUUGCAAAGCAAGUUGCGCUGAGACCUCUACAACGAUGUGCCCUGGCAAUCAAGUAAAACAUAAUGUGACUAUCAAGAGAUCAACACGAUGUACUCUUCAGACCUGCAUGGCGCAAUACCCCGACAAUCAAGUAGAGCCCAAGAAUAAAAGCAUGCGUAACAAUAGAGCUAGAGAAUCACCCCGAAGUAGUUCACCGAGUCCAAGAAAUCAAUCGCUCAACAAUCAAUUAGAGCCCAAGAAUAACAGCAUGCGUAACAGUUCACCCGGAAGUAUUUCACCGAGUCCAAGAAUUCAAACCCCCGACAAUGAAGUAGAGCCCAAGAAGAACAGCAUGCGUAACAGUUCACCCGGAAGUAUUUCACCGACCUUAAAAAUCCAAUGUCCUAACAGACGAGUAGAACCGAAAAAGGAAUGCAAACAAAGCUGUGAUUCACAGAGAAAGAGCCUAAAGGCAAGUAAAUCUAAAAAUAGAAAUCAAUCCAGCGGACAAAGUUCUCCUCAAAAUGAGAUAAUGCAAUGCGCUCAAGAUGGUUGUGAGUUUAGCAGGUCCAGCCUUAGAUCUAAGGAAUCACAACAACGCCCUGCCAAAAAAGUGCAAUACAUGGAAUGUGAAUGCUCAAGCGAGUCGGAACUAAGUUCUGGACGUCAAAACAGCCUAACUACCGUCCUCAGCCAGGACCCGGAAAAUAAGGAGGGGGAUUUCCAAAGUAGACAGGUGCCAAAGUACAACUGUACCUUAGCAGAGAUGUCCACACAGUUUGUUCAUAAACGUGACGCCAGAACAUUAUGCGACAUGCGAUCUUGUAAGUCUGUUUGUUCUAAAACCGGCACAUGCUGGGAUCAGCAGCCGGAUGAAAAGAGUAAAAAAGCAAGCAAAAAAGAAUUGAAAACUUGUGACAAUGAAACCUGCUCUCUUAAGCAGGCCAAAAGGCAAGCGAAAAAGAAGCCCGAAAAGAAAGAGAACAAGAAGGAUUUGAAAUCAAAAUCUAUGACUCUGAUAUCAGACAUAAAGCCGUUGACAUCAGCACUAAAAGCCCCGCGCAACUUCGUCGAGACCCAGAAGAAUACUUACCUAAUCUAUCCAAAUGUUCCCGCUAAAUAUGGAUCUCAAACUAAAAACAAGUGUGGACGACGUUUCUGUAGAUUGUUUUGUAACAAGUUUAGCAAAACCAUGGUAGAUCAAGAUAUUAAGAAAGUGCCUAGAGAACUUAAACUAAGCGAGAGCUUGACUAACCCCUUCCCUCAAACGUCCACAUGCCAAGGCCACGAGUCUGUGCUUCAAGAACUAAAGUCUCGCUUCAGGGCUAAAGAGUUGGGCGCAAAAGAUGGAAACUGGCGACUGGCUAAGCUAUAAUCAUAAGCUAUCUUAAAACACUCUCAAAUGGCAGGAACUCUGGAACCACUUUGAAGGUGUUUUAGUUUAGUUUAGGAUUAUACUUGCUUCCGAUAUGUGGUAGGUCGUAUGAUUUAUAUUGUAUGAUGGGGUGUUAUGUAAGCCGUACUAAAUGUUAAAUGGGCUCAAGUCCAGCAGAUGUGCCAUGCACAGGGUCUUAGUACUCAGAGAUCAUCUCGCUAUAAGCAGCGUGAAAGCUGGACCCUGCUGUUGAUCUUGGCCAAUAAUAUCAAAGUGCAAAGUCGGGUAAUUAUGCGUCUGUUAUUAUAUAGCAUUUGCGUGUUUGGAUAUUUAGUAAAAUAAUAAAGAGCUCUCUAUAUAUUGUUGUUCAUAAUUCAA